UGUGACAUAACCCUUAUAGAGGAAGUAUCUGACCUGCAGUUGUACAGCUGUUUCUCUCUGUGACUCUGCUAAAAAAACACCAGGAUGAGCUCGGCUCUAUCAGGACUGAUCAUGAAGACCCUCUGUGAUCACCAGGGCGGUCUGAGCUACUGUAGUCUGCAGGAGAGCGUCGAACGGAGCCACAGAGUCCGUGAAUCCGCUCUCAGCAGCCUCCUGUUAGAAGACGAGAAGUUCUUCAUUAAAGAGGGCAGGCAGGGGACUAAAGGGGGCCACGGCAUCAGCCCUGACAGCCUGGUCGUGGCUAAAACCAGCCUGCGGCUCUGCCAGAGGAAACCUGGAGAGUGUCCUCGGUGUGACGGACUACACCUGUGCAGGUACUACGUCUCCGGCGGAUGCACGUACGGACAAAAGUGUAAGAACCCCCACAGUCUGGCCUCUUUUGAGCACAACCUCGAGCUUCUGAUGAGACACGGUCUUCAUGAUCUGACGGAGACACAGCUGUUCCAGCUGUUACUGCAGAAUGACCCCCAUCUACUUCCAGAGAUCUGCCCCCAUUACAACAAGGGAAACGGUUUGCAUGGCUCCUGCAAGUUUGCCACCACCUGCACCAAGCUGCACGUCUGUCAGCACUUUUUCCAGGGCGACUGUAUGUUUGGCUCCUCCUGUAAGAGAGUCCAUAACAUCGGUGAGAGUGACAUGAAGAUUUUCAAAGGCCUCAGCAGGGAGAACAUAACAAACCUCAACAAGAUCUACAGAAAUAAACUCCUCCUCGUGGCUCCACAGGAGGAAUAUGCUGCUCCUGUUCCUGUAGAGGUGAAAGCUCUCCCUCAGCAGCCUCCACACAGAAGCGCUGGAGCCUCCUCUGUUCCUCAGCCAAACACCAUGAGUGAAGCUGACAGGAACGAAAUCUGCCUCUACUUCAUCCGCAGGGACUGCAGGUACAAAGAGAGGUGUGCUCGGGUCCACUGGCGUCUGCCAUACAGGUGGCAGGUGUUAGACGGCGACAGUUCGACCUGGAAGGACCUUCCUGACAUGGAGGAUGUUGAGAAGGCGUACUGCGACCCGGGGCGGGACACAAGCUGCAUGGACGAACCGACACAAACAUUAGGCAUUUUAAGAUUUUUGACUCUUCAAAGCUCUGCAGCCAGCAAAGAGCAGUUGGUUGACUUCACGAGGAUGACGUACGGAGGGUCUCCUGUUCGCCGUCUGUCCACCGCCUCAUCCAUCUCGAAGCCUGAUCACUUCAUUCUGACAACACAGUGGGUUUGGUACUGGAGGGAUGACAGCGGACAGUGGCUGGAGUAUGGGCAGGGCGACGCUUCAGCCUCCGUCAGCUCUCAAACUCUGGAGAACGUUUACCUGGCAGACCAGGACACAGAGGUGCAGUUCAGCGCAGGUCAACAGAAGUAUGUUCUCAACUUUAAGGGGGAAGCAGGAACCCCGAAGAUGUUUCAGCAGAAUGUGAAAUAUAAAACCCAGAGAGAGGUCAGACGGAGGCCUCGCUUCGUGUCUGCUCAGGACGUGGAGGACAAGUUAAAGAGUCCUUCAUCACAUGGCUCCAGCUCCCCCACAGCUGAGAGCUUCCCAACUCACUGGGACAAGACUGCACUGCCAGAUUUGGGAUAUAAGCUCGUACCUCUCUCCAAAUCUGCGGAGUACAACAUGAUUCAGAUGUUGUUUAAGGGCACCAUGCCAUCAAGUAAAAUUCACAGCAUCCAGAGGAUCCAGAACCCUUCUCUGUGGAGAGUCUUUCAGUGGCAAAAAGAGCAGAUGAAAAAGAGGAACGGAGGGAAAGCGGUGAACGAGCAGUACUUGUUCCACGGGACGGAUGAGACUCUGAUUGAGGCGAUCUGUGAUCAGAACUUUGACUGGAGGAUGUGUGGAGUCCACGGGACGGCCUACGGCAGAGGAAGCUACUUUGCCAAAGACGCGUCCUACUCCGACAGAUACGCCAAGGUGAACAAACAGCAGAAGAAGACCAUGUUUGUUGCUCUGAUCCUGGUGGGAGAGUUCACAAACGGACGCAGCUGCUACGUCAGACCUCCACUAAAACCAGACAACAAAACCCUCUAUGACACCUGCGUGGACCGUGAGAACAACCCCAGCAUCUAUGUGGUGUUUGAAAAACAACAGAUUUAUCCUGAGUAUCUCAUCAACUACUCAUAAAUCAUAACGCUGCUCUAAGUCAA